AUGGACCAAUUAUCGCCACAAUUUAUUAAGACGGAAGCAGUUGAUCCGAUUGAUUCAUUUAUUAGUUUUCAUGUCAAGAACGUUCUGAGAACAACACCUUUUAAAAAACUCAAGGAAGUCUAUUGUAAAAGAAAUAGAUUAAAGAUUCAUGCAACAAAAUUUCUAUUUGAUGGACUCAAUGUUAUGGAUAAUGACACUCCUGAUUCUCUUGAGAUGGAAGAAGGUGAUUCAAUUCAUGUUAUAUUUGCACCUGCUAUCCGGAACGUAAUUACGAAUUCUGAUCAAUUAUUGUCCCAAUUUAUCAAGACAGAAGAACCGACUGGUUCAGCUAAUUCAUUUUUUAGUAUUAUGAUCUACUAUGAUUAUGAUUAUAAAAAUGAUUCUAUUAAACGUAAAGAGACGACUUACAUAGUUGAAAGGGCAAAACCUCUUAAAAAACUUAUGGAAUCCCAUUCUGAAAUAAAUGGACUUAGCCCUGCCACACUAAGAUUUCUAUUUGAUGGAUGCAGGAUUCAUUAUGAUGACACUCCUGAUUUUCUCGAAAUGGAAGACGACGAUAUUAUCGAUUAUGUGCCCGAGAGAAUAGUGUGUUAAUAAGUGUUCCGCUUCCACGUUCAAACCACAGC